AUGGCCAACCGUGGGGGCAUGAGCAAUCAUGUCUCCGUAUUUCACUUCACGUCUCGGAUAUCGAAUGCCAAGAUCCGCAAGUACAAGAUUGCCACUGAGCGAGGGAUGGCGGGAGUCGAUGUGCCAAGUCCAGGAAGUCUGUCAACGCCAGCACCACAGACAGCCCCCAUGGGCCCACUGCCUUCGACCACUGGUCAGUCUAGUUCGCCUCCAGCCCAACCAUUUCAGCAGACGUUGGAUCUGGGCCCUCCGGCGAAGAAGCUCAAGCUCAGACUCCCAGCUCGUGAGUCAGAACCUUCUCCGGUAGGCAUGACGAAGGACGGCGUCGUGGUUGCUAGAGCCGAGCCAGGUGUACUCAGGAUGCGCUAUUCCGACAACAUGGUUCUGGACGAUGAAAGUCUCCGCAUCAACUGGGAGGAUGAUGACGAACUUGUACUUGCUAAGCCUGCUCCACGAGCACCCACCGUCAGGCUCCCUACACAUUUCGAACAGAUCCCGGUCCCCGUGAAGAAGGAGCCGACUCCAUCCCCCACUAACCCGGAUUAUGGUGAUUUCAUGUCGUACUACGUUAUGGACGGAGAUGACGACAAGCCGAAGGCCGCACCGGUUCAGCCACCACCCACGAACGGCCAUGCUCAGCCUAACGGGCCACCGCACGCUCAGCAACGUCAGCCUGCCGUGAUGCAGCAUCAUGGAGGUCAGCCAAUGCAUCCCCAUUUCCAUGGGCCGAUGCCUCCGCAAAAUGACCCACAAUUUGGACAUCCCGCGCCUCAUCAAAAUCCAGGUCACGUUCAGCCAAGACACCCACCGCCCGUCAGUAGGCUGCCACCACGACCGGCGCCACCUCCACCACCUCGUAUAGAACUUGUGGACUUUGACUGCAUUGGGAGGGUUCAUGGCUCACAGGAACCAAUCACUGUAGCGGAGAUGAUCAAGAAACUAGAGGCAUUGUCGGCGGCUCUCGCUACGUUUGGUGGAGUACCUGCACCGCCAGGGUUGUCAGGGAAACAGCCCUCACAUCAAAAUGUGGCGCAAGGCAAGCCGAGUGGCAAGCAAAAGAAUGGUAGACCUACGUCAAAAGAUGGCAUUGAUGAUUUGCUUGGCUAUAUGAGCAGUGGCGCAGAGAGUAAUGAAGAGGAGGGACCAUCUUGCAACGAGGCUGACGCCCUCAACUACGUUCUCGACAAGUCUGGCAAACCGGACGAUCAGCUCAUUUACGGCAUUCAGUUCAUACAGAAUGCACUUCGAUCAUGGGCUGGGCAGCGCAUACACGCCCAAGUCAUGGCUAACCAUCAGCAUACCGGGAUGUACGUGCCACAACAACAGCAGGGCGGAAAGCGAGGCCCUGGACGGCCACGGAAAUUCAACGACGAAGAAUAUCACCGCAUGAUGAUGCAAGCUCAACCGCAGGUCAUCCGCAUCCACGCUCAAAGCUGUACCGAGGGUCAGGCGGUGCAGGCGUUCCAGCAGGUUCUUGAUUCUGGUUGUUUACAGGUCAACGCUGUCCUACCUCAGGAGCUUAUUCGGGCUCUCCAGAACUUGUAUAUGCAGAUUGAUCACCUCAUUAACCAAGGCUCGAAGAAUGCGCCUCAUUGGCAGUGCAUGUCGUACGGAGCACAGAUUGCAGCAAACAGGGUGAGAGUGGAGAAGUGGAAGGAAGCGCAAGCCAAGGCGCAAGAGGAGAUGGCCAGGCAACAGGAUCUCUCGCACCAGCAGGUCUUGCAGGGCAUGGGUCUGCCAGUUCAAACGCCACAGCCAAUGUCUGCUGCGCAAGCUCAGCACGCACAUGCCAUGGAGCUUGAGAGACGCAGGAGCGUGCAGCAUGCCGCUCAGCAACCGUACCUCAGUCAGCAUCACCUUAAUCCGUUACUGCUAGGCUCACAGCCCAUAGGCAUUCCCAACGGCUUCGCGGUAUUACCGUCGCCAUCGCAUACACGGCCAGGCGAUUCACCGGCAUGGCGUUCGUCACAUCCCGGCACACCAAUUGCACAGAACGGCUUUCCCAAUCCUUCGAGGCCCGGAAGCGGACAUGGCGAGUACCCACAACCACCAAAUCAGAACGGUAUGAUGUACAUGCCAGGCCUCACCUCACGUUCUGGCCAGCAGAUGAAGUUCUCCUUCGUGCCGGAGAAUGCACAAGCCAUCCAAGUCUUCGGCACGAACGCGUUCCCGACAGGUGCGCCUCCGGGGCCCAAUAUCCCAAAUCGUGGUCCCAUGAGCGCCACACCUGUUCAACGCCCACCACACCAUGGUCCCGCGGCAGUUACCGCACCCAUAGCGGCUGAGACACCCGCGGUUGUUGAUUCUAUCGAGACGCCAGCAGGUCAGAUUAACCGUGAAGCGUUCCGCAAAAACGGGACAGCACAUCGGGACGUUGAGAUGACCGGCACGAAAGAUACCUCAGUCGAUGACGCGGAUACGAUUGUGGUUAAGCAGGAGGUCAAGUCGCCAGCGCCAGCUGCGCCACCAAUUGCGGCACCAGCCCCGUCGUUUACGGCGAUUAAUGCCCCUUCUGCCAGCAGCGCGUCGGCGCUCAAUGACACAGCCGCAAUGUCGCCUACUUUGGUGGUUGGUACAAAGGCAUGA